AUGGGACGUGAGGAGCAUGGAAGGACUUGGCAUGGACGCAGCUCAACUGGAUACGCAAAGGAAGAAGGAGGAAGCCAUCUUGAAGACCAGCUCGACCUACUCGACCAACCGGUCGAGUUCCUCAACUCGACCGGCCAAGCUUCAACUCGAUCGAGCUGGAAGUCAAAGUCAAACCCGAAAAAUGUUGCUUCCCCCUUGACUUCCUUUGACCCUAAACCUAAUCCUCUUUAGGGGAAUGGAAACCCUUUGGGCAAUGGACUCGGUCGAGCUAGGCAAACUCGACCGAUUGGUCUAGGAGAUGCUCCAAACCGCCACCAACAGAGACAAGGGAUUGUUCCACCACCAGUGCAGAACCACAACUUUGAGAUCAAGCUGGGAAUGAUCAACCUUGUUCAGAACAAGAUGUUCCAUGGAUUGCCAAGUGAAGACCCCAUUGACCACCUUUGUAACAUCCCGGGGGUGACGAUCGAGGUGCGCAACGUCCUCGUUGCGCAUAGUGAGUGGGGGGGUGAGGCCCACGGGCCGAGAUGGGCCUGCGGGUCCAGAGAGAGGGCGUGGGUGACUCACCGGGAGGGACGGUCGGGGCGUUAUAACCUUGAUGAGUUUGAUAGGCUUUGUGAUUUGACAAAGAUCAAUGGUGUCUCUGAAGAUGCCAUCAAGCUGAGACUCUUUCCUAUGUCUCUAGCUGACAAAGCUCACCAAUGGGAGAAGAGCUUGCCCCAUGGCACAAUCACCACUUGGGAUGAAUGCAAGAAGGCCUUUCUUGCUAAAUUUUUCUCCACCGGUCGCACAGCCAAGCUUAGAGGAGAGAUAUCCAGCUUCAUCCAGCGAAACAAUGAGACAUUCGCAGAGGCUUGGGAGAGGUUCAAAGGGCUACACAAGUCAGUGCCCACACCAUGGAUUCAACAAUGA